UCGCACACUGCUUUAAAUAAUUAUAAGCAAAGUAAAUGUGCUCAGAACAGAAUACAUUUAAUGUACUUUUUAUUGUUUUCAGUAUUUUCAGUACUUAUUUGCAACAUAUAAAAGAGACCAAAUGCAUUCACAGCUUGACUGUUAAGUAAUUAACCUAAAUUUGAAAUGUGGACCAAAUAUGAGAGAUAUAUUUUGUCUAGACAAUAUUAUAACUGCACCUCCUGCCUUCUUCCAGAACCAGGAUUAACAUAAUUGUUUUAUAAUCCUUUAAGAGGGGACCCUGAUACUAAUAAUCUGGUAGCCAAUAAUAUGAUUGGAUGAAAAGAAAGACAGAUGACACAUUACAGUUUUAAUCUUGGUCCUUGUACUUCUAGAUACUGCAACCCUGCAAUAUUAGAACUAUAAAAAGCCAACCCACACAAGCAACACCGGCAUCAGGUGAUAUGCACAAGUGUCAGAUUGUGAUUUGGAAAGCACACAGCAGUAUUUGAAAUCAUAUCCGUAUUUUCACAUCAAAAGUUUUUUGCAUAAGAGCAGAUCCAAACAUUUUAAUUAAAAUGACUGUUUGGUCAGAUAAUGAAAGUAUGGUAACGACUUGGAAUGCCAAAGAUCACAAAUGUAAUGCAGAAGCCAUGGGAGAAUCCAAAAACUGCAACACAGGGCUAAUAGAAAAAGAAGAAAAAGAACAGAACACAAAAAUGACACCUUUUGAAAGAGAAGUUUACAGCAUGCUAAAUGAAGACAAGUUGGUGACUGAGAUUAUUUGUGGAAAACGAAUUGGUUUCUACCAGUUUAGAGGAAAAAUUGGAAGUGGGAACUUCGCCCAUGUCAGACUUGGAAUUCAUACUUUAACAAAAGAAAAAGUUGCCAUCAAGAUCUUGGAAAAAGCUCAUCUGGAUCAGCAGAAACAAGAUUUCCUCAAACAUGAAAUAUUGAGCAUGGAGAGUCUUCAUCACCCCAACAUUAUUCGCUUAUAUGAAGUAGUGGAGACCCCAAAACGUUUACAUCUGGUGAUGGAGUAUGCAGCAGGUGGGGACCUAUUUACGAAACUUGGUACCUAUGGAAGAAUGUCAGAAAAUGAGGGUAAAUUCACAUUCGCUCAAGUGGUUUCAGCUUUAAAGCAUAUGCAUGACAACAACAUUGUUCAUCGAGACAUCAAAGCAGAAAAUAUCUUCUACAGCAGUAGGUACUGUGUUAAACUGGGUGACUUUGGUUUCAGUACCUUCUGUUACCCCAGUGAACCCUUGAAGACCCUCUGUGGCUCCCCACCAUAUGCAGCCCCCGAGCUCUUUAGAAAUGAAAAGUACAUUGGAAUGUAUGUAGAUGUCUGGGCUUUAGGAAUCCUGCUUUACUUCAUGAUUACUGCAACUAUGCCUUUCAAGGCAGACACAUUUGGAAGACUGAAGUGUUGCAUCUUACAGGGUUCAUACAGCAUCCCUUCCUAUGUCUCAGAGCCUUGCCAGAAACUAAUUCAAGGAAUGCUGCGAAUAGUUCCAGUUGACCGAAGUAUUCUGACACAGAUCAUGAACUGUACAUGGUUAAAGGGUAUUGAAUUUCCUAAUGCAUACAGUGGUUUCCGUUUAACUCCAUCAUGGUUAGCAGAUUCCGCACCAAUGAACCAGCAGGAGAACGAAGUGAAAAAAAGUCUAAUUAAUCUUGGUAUAACAGAAGAGCACAUUAGGAACAAUCCUUGCCAGGAUUCUAGGAGUGCAAUUACAGGAACCUACAGAAUUCUACUGGGCCGUGUGAUAAAGAGGUAUUUUACAGAAGGAAUCACAAAUACAAGAAUCUGUGAUCAGCAAAGAGGACAAGGAAAGCAUAAAAAGCAGGUUUCUGUUGCAUGUACAAUACUAUAAAGAUGACUUUUUCACUCAUGUUCAUAUUUAAGUGGCAUUUUCUUGUUUGUCUAAUUCCAGACGGUGAUUUAUUAAUAUUGUGUUGAAGUAAACUAUUUCUGUUAAAGAAAAAAAUAUGCAUACGCUGUAAAAAAUCAUUAAUGAUGAUUUUUCACAUGUACAUGUUCUAAGGAAUAUAUUUUCAGA